AUGCAAAACUACAGCCAUCCUUGUUUUGUAGAAAUCACUUUGAUAUCAGCUCAAGAUCUCAGAUUAGCUUCUUCUGUUUUCUGCCGCCGCCGCCGCCUCAGGCCGUUCAUAACCAUCACCACCACGUACAGUGAUAAACAGCUGAAAGUGUACAAAACAAAGGUUGAUGAAAAAGGAGGUGUAAAUCCCACAUGGGGUGACAAGUUUCAGUUACCUCUUGAUCAAACAUUUUUUCACAUAAGAAAAUCAGGAAUUUAUCUCCAACUUUACACCAAGCAUCUUUUGAUGGGUAAUACUCAACUGGGAUGGUGUCUGAUUCCGGUGUCAGAUAUAGUCGGGGGGUUAAUUCCGAUGGGGUCGACCCAAUUCUUAAGUUAUCGGUUAAGGGAUAGAGAUGGUUCGAGGGGGCAUGGGGUUGUGAACGUUGCAGUAAAGUUGGAAGGGAACCCCCCGACACCAUGCCCUCCUCGGUUGGAGAUGACAGCAGAGGGGAAUGUGAGUGAUAUGGUGAUCGGAAUUCCGGUGAAAAUGUUGCCGGAGAGGAAUGAGUUUUCCCAAGGGCAUGUAGGAGCUGGUUGCUAG